AUGGCUCCAUCCGCUAAAGUGCUGGACGGAGGCUGGGGAUGGGCCAUCGUCGUGGCCUCCUUCAUGGCCCAGCUCCUGGCCUAUGGGUCGCCCCAGUCAGUGGGCGUUCUCUACCCUGAGUGGCUGCACGCCUACCAGGAGGGCAAGGGCAUGACGGCCUGGGUGGGCUCCCUCGUGGGUGGAGUGGGACUAAUAGCCAGUCCCAUAUGCAGUGCAUGUGUGGACAACUUCGGGGCUCGUCCCGUGACCAUCUUCAGUGGCGUGAUGGUGGCAGGUGGCCUGAUGCUCAGUGCCUUUGCUCCCAACGUGCAGUUCCUCAUCUUCUCCUAUGGGAUUGUUGUUGGCCUGGGUUGUGGUCUGGUCUACGCUGCCACGUUGACAAUCACCUGUCAGUAUUUUGACAAAAGACGCGGCCUCGCUCUCGGGAUUGUCACCACAGGCACAAGUGUUGGAGCGUUCAUCUACGCCACCGCUCAGAAUGAGCUGAUUGCCCUGUACGGCCUGGACGGCUGCCUGCUCAUCAUCGGCGCUUUAGCACUAAACCUCAUGGCGUGCGCCGGCUUCAUGAGGCCUCUCUACAUGCCGGGGUACUACCUCAAACAGAAAGCCGCCCUGGAGCGCAGCACGGAGGAGCAGCUCUUCGAGAAGCCCCAGGUGAACGACCUGCAGAUCACCGCAGGCUCCACCGUGACCAGUCCAGAGAAAAGUCUGACAGUGAAGGAGAUGCUCAUCACCAUCGAUGGCAAGGAUGUGGGAGUCCAGACGGAUAAGACAGGCAGCUUCCUGUCUGGGUGGGCCAUCAUGAAAGUCAUCAAGAGCAAGCAGCAGGCGUACUCCAGGUACAUGCACUCCAUGUACGAGAUCCUGCAGGACCAAGCCAUGGUGGCAUUCUGUUUCGCUGUGUUCUUGUUCAGCCUGGGGGCGUUCCCUCCUGUGCUCUUCAUAGAGGAUGUUGCGCAGAGUCAGGGACUCAUUGAAGGAGUGAGCGUCAUCCCUCUGGUAUCCAUAGGAGCCAUCGCCUCGUGCGUGGGUAAACUAGCGCUCGGCGGGCUGGUGGACAUCCGGUGGAUCAACAGCAUUUAUCUGUAUGCCUUCACGAUGUUCGCAGGCGGUGUGACGCUACUCCUUCUACCUCUCACUAAGACUUACAUGGGACUGCAGAUCCUGUCUGCUGUGUUGGGUUUCUUCUCUGGGAACUGGUCUCUCACCUCUUACAUCACCACCCAGAUUGUUGGCUUGGACAGACUUACCCAAGCACACGGCAUCCUCAUGUUCUUCGGGGGACUUGGGAUCAUGCUUGGACCCCCGGUUGUAGGGUGGUUCUUUGACUGGACACAGUCAUAUGACUUGGCGUUCUACUUUAGUGGGAGCUGUGUGGUGCUGGGAGGAUGCAUUCUCACUCUGCUCACCCUUCCCUGCUGGAACAGGAAGCACACUGAGAACGACAGACCUGACGUCCACUACACCAGCAACUGUGACAAAGUUGCCUCGGUAGCCUGAAUAUGACCUUCUCUCAUAAGGACUCACAUUUUACCCCUACUGCCAAACAAUUGUCCACUAUACCUAAACCACCUGUAGCAGAAUUUUCCUUUGAGUGUAUUUAACCAAAUUAAGUUGCAGAGGUUUUGAAAUUCAGGCCUUUCUUCGGCACUUUGCCUGCAUUUCUCAGGUUCAAGCAAUUUUACUGGAGAUCUUUACCAACCAACAGGGCUCGUUUUAUUUUCACCCUGUGUGUCUUUGCGUUGGACAACGUGGCAAGGUGUGGUGGAGUACUGCACCCACUGUACCAUGGUGGCAGUUUGGCAUACUUUGGCAACUGUGCAAGAUAGAGACACAAAGAUUGACAGGUGUGUAGUUGAGAUCAAAACAAAAGCUUAGUUUGAAGUUAGGUGUGGUCUGACUGUAGACUGUGUGUAAGAUGGACGGCAUGUCCCAUUAUUCAGAAAUUAAGCCAAAAUGUCCUAGAACCCUUCGAACCCUAUCAUGCUGGACCUUUGGGGCCAGAGUCUGAACAGAGGUGAUCAGGGUAUGGAUCUGUCGUGAGGUCCCGCCGAUACACACGUUGAACCGCUGGUGAGACGGUCUUAGCUGUCAUCCUGUUUUUAUAGCAUCAAAUAUCUAAUUAAAAUCAAACUUACAAGAAGGAUUAACACUUGAGAAAACAUCAGUGUGAUAAGAACUACCCAAAACAACAGAACUGUAUUUAACAUGCACUUUGACCUUUUGUUUGGUAGAUGUCCCAUCCACUAACACGAAGGAGCUGGUGUUUAUGACCUAUAAUGCAGCCAGACACUUUGGCUUCCCUUUUGAGGAUCUGUCAUGUUGUCCUUCCUUAUAUACUGUGUAUGUGUCUGAACCAUGAGCACUGAGAAGUAAUGAUGUAAUAAUAAUAAUAACUUCUGAGUACUCAUGGGUUGGAACUGGUGAGGUCCCAUUGCAAGAUGAUGUCUGGCUUUAAAGAUUUGACUCAGGUGUCUGUGUUGAUAAUCCUUUUUUUUAAAGUUGCCUCAUUUUACGAGGCAAACUGAACAUUAGUGUUCAACUCCCAAAUUCUACACUGUGUUUAUACAAACAGUGGCUGUCACUUAACUGAGGAGCUAAAGAAAUUGUGGUUGAUGGGAAACUGGGUAGGGAGACAUCUGUAAAAUCAGCAGUUAACCUAAUGCGGCGGUUCAUUUGUCACAGUAAGAAUCCCUCUGCAAAUGCACAAAAAUCUCCCAGGAAUCUGACUUGAGCAGACAAUACAGGGAUCGGAAUGAAGGAGGGAGUCUUCUUAUGAUAAUCGUAAUUAUAGCAACACACCUUUUGUUUUGUAUUUUGGUUUAAAUAUAUACAAAUAUAUCUUUAAAACACCACUAUGUAUCUUACCAAAGCAUCAAUUAUAGUCAAUGCCUGUCAACACAUAAUGCCUGUUGAAACAAUACAAGAGCCUUGCUUUAAAGAUAAUUUUUGUUUUCAAGUGCAUUGACUGAAUUUCUACCUUUUUGUAAUUGUUUGAGUUCCACAUACCUCAUGUUUAUGGAUAAUACAGAACCUUUUUAAGAUGCUGAUUCAAAAACAUGUUAAAACACUGAAGGGGUCGUACUGUAUUUCAACGUCAUGAGCAUGUUGAUUCUCUGUGGCAUGUUUAUCAUGAUCUCUGCUGGCAUUUGUUUUGACCUGGCUGGUCCUUUUCAUCAUGUUGUGUACGUGUAAACGUAUAUAUGUAUAUGUUAAUGUGUGCGUUGUGUGUGUACGUGUUUGCACAUGCACAGCUUCCUUAGUGCACAGGCGUGAGGGUGCAUUGUUUGAUAAACUUUUGUACUAGCACUAAUUUGUAAGUCCCACAUGCUAGUGACUUUUGUAUGCACAAAACUGGCCAUAGAGCUGUAAUUUUUUUUAUUUUAAAGUUGAAAGAGGAUUAGUGUGACUAUUGCAAUGAAUAUGUUGCAACACACUUUGAGAAUCACUCAAAUGCUGUUAAAUACACAACUGCAAAUGUCGUUUUUGAUAGUUUCAGACUUUAGUGUUUUCUUUGUGUUUGUAGAUGAUAUUUACAGUGUGCUGAUGAUGUACAAUUAGUACUGAUCUAAAAGUGACAGUAUGGUUUGUUGUCACCUUUUAGCUACUCUUAUUUUUUA